CGGUGAUCUCUGAAUAUGAUGGAAGUUGAUCAUUUGAAUGAGCUGGCUUUAGGUGGAUUGGCUUCGCCCUUAAUCUCCGACCAUUUGGAUUCGAUUAAUAUGUCGAAAGACGGAGUCGGUGCCGGAGUAGACGUCGGUGAUGGUGUUGCUACUGUUGCUGAGGGUCUUGACGAUGCUGCUGCCGCGAUGGGUACCGGUGAUACUGGCGGCGGGGCCGCCAGCACCACUAGCCUAAAGAGUGAAAAGGAGAAACAUGAAAAUAUGAAAAUUUUGGCCGACGGGAAAGUUAUGAAGGUCCAGAAAACAAGACAACGUAAGAUCUUGAGUUGUGUUUAUUGUCACUCCAAGAAAAUCAAGUGUUCAAGAUCUCAUCCAAUAUGUAAUAACUGUGAAAAAUUAGGUAUUGAAUGUAAAUAUUUCAUUAAUGAACGGGUGAGUAGAGGUGGUAAAAAAUCGGCAAAAAAUAACCAAAAGAAAACUUAUGAUGACGAUCUUGAAAAAAGAUCUUCGAUAUCUUCCAACACUAACUCAAAUCAUUCUCCAAUAUCUCCUAAACUUAUUGAAUCGGUCACCACCGAUGAUUCUUCGAUCGAUAAAAAAUUAUUACCGGAUUUAUCUUUAAAUAAUUAUAAAUCCCAUUCAAACGUUUCAAGCUCCAAUGGUUCAACUCCAAUUCCAGUCAACUUUGGCACUACCAGUUUAUUACAAACUCCGGUAUUGAAUACCUUAAGUAAUAACAUUACCAAUAACUUUUUCAAUACAAAUUACUCAAAUAAUCAACUGCUGCAACCGGCGCCCCAGCAACAACAACAACAAUUACAACAACCAUUACAACAACCGCAACAACAACAGCAUCCACAAGAAAAUGAAGAAUACUCUUUUAACUUAUCAUCAUUCACAUACACCGGAGAAACAUACUCGAAUUCUCCUAAUAAAUCCAACAAUAACUCGUCCACGAAUAUCAACUCUUUAUUUAUUAGAUCUCAACCAACAAACUUCUUAGAUAACAUACCGGCAUCCACUUCAAAUCACCAACCAAAUAACCCCGGCUUACAUAAUUCAUUAAACGCUUAUUCUUCAAACCCAGCAACUACAACUAAUUAUCUUUAUGGUACAAAUACCUACUAUGAUAAUGAUAAUUUAUUAAAUGAUUUAUUAAAUCACUUACCCCAAACAAAAGAAAGAUCAUAUGAAUUAUUAAAUCGAUAUAUAAACUCGGUUCAUAUCUUAUUACCAAUAAUGAUAAAAUUAGAUGAUUUCAUUAAAGAACAUGACAAUUAUUGGAAUAUUCAAUUAAAUCUUGAUGAUGAUGAUAAUUUAAAGAAAAAUUUUGAUUAUUUACAAUUUUAUACGUUAUAUUUCCCAAUUUUAUACGCCUCCACAAUAUCAGAAUUCGAAGAAUAUGAUAAUUUAUUAUUAAAUCAAGAUAUUAAUAAAUAUUUAAAAGGUUUUAAUAAAAUCUGUCAAUAUUUUAAUUAUCCUCAUGGCUUGAAAACAAUUCCUCUCUUAUUGGGUAAUGUUAUUAUUCAAUCAACUUCGCCAAACCCUUCAACAAUGGAAAUGUCUCAUAUUAUUAGAUAUGCCAAAUUUUUGCAAAUGCAUAAAGAUCCAAUAAAUUCACUAAGAAUUAAUGAUUGGGAAGUUAUUAAAUUUAGAAGAUUAAUCUGGUGGGUUAUAUUUGGCUUGGAUGCUUUAACUUCUCAUAAUUUUUGUUUACCUCCAGUUUGUAAAUUUGAUGAUUUUAAUGUUUUAUUACCUGAUGAUGAAGAUCCAGUUUAUAAUGAAUCAGGGAUGUGUAUUAAUAAAAAAUUGGAUAUAACAAUGUUAUCAAUGAAUGUUAAAUUUAAAUUCGAUCGAAUAUUAAGUGAAUUGGUUUAUCAAUUGCAUAAUGGCUUUUCAAAUAACAUUACUAGUGAUGAAAUUAAUCAUAUUAAAUCAAUGAUUAUUGAUCUAUUUCAUUUUAUUCACCAAUCAAUCGUUAAAAUGUCAAAUCAUUAUAAAGUUAAUCCUCCUCAAACUGUUCAAGAAAUGAAUUUAAUAAACUUUAUUAAAAAUCAUUCUUGGAGUUUUGUUGAUAGAUCUCUUAUGUUAUUACAUAAAAAAAUCUUAAUGAGAGAUUCAAAUAAGGAUAAAGAUUUUAAAAUUGAUUUAAAAGAUUCAAAACUGAAAAACUCCCUUUCUUUUAAUAAAUUUGAAGAUACUUUUGGUAAUUUAGAAGAAUCAAACAUAAUUAAAAAUUUCGAUAAUUCUUCAAUUUCUCAAUUAAGAUUCAAUCAAUACGAAAAUUUUACUUAUGAAAAUUUACACAAUAACUUGAUUCCUUCAAUUCUUCAUAAUUUAAACGAUUUCUUGAAAUAUAAUGAUUUUAUCAAAUUUGGUAAAUUUAAUUGGUACGUUAAAAGAACAAUUCCUUUAGAUUCAAUCAUUUUAUUAUUUAUCAUCAUUUGUGUUAAAUUCAAAUAUGAAUUCAUGACCAUAAAUGAAUUAAUCAUUUAUGUUAAAUUAAUUAAUAAAGCCCUUUUCAUUUUGAAUAGAAAAUGGUUUAAAAAUGAAAAAUAUAAAAGAAUGUUAAGUUUAACAAAUUUAACUUGGCAAUAUAUUUUGAAAAAAUAUAAUAUCAUUAAAUCAAUUAAUCAUUAUAAUCAAUUAAAUAAUAAAAAUCUUUCAAAUAAUAAGAUUGAAUUUUUCGAUUAUCAAGUGACUAGCUAUAUGAAUAUGAGUGAAUUAUUUAAUGUCAUGGAUGUCCCUCAACCUAUUUUGAUGAAUAACGGUAUUAAUUUGGGCCCAAUAAAAUAUGAUGAUGCUUCAAUGAAUGAAAUCCCUCCUUUACUCGAUUUUCAAAAUGACGAUUUAUCUAAAAAUGAUUUUGAUUCAAAUAGUUCUUUAAAUCAAUCAUUGUUUUCAAACCGCCUUUUACAAGAUGAUUUGAAAAAUGAUGAACUUGAUUUUACUACUAAGCUGGAAUUAUUACAAAUGAAUGAAAAAAUCUAUUAUGAUUUGAGAAAUAAUUUUGUUGAUAUUAAUGAUUAUUGUGCUUUUUACUCGAGUUUGGAAAACGUUUUACAUGAAUUAAUGGAUUACAUCCAU